ACCGUGUGCAUCGUGGAUAAGUGAAGUUCCCAUCUAAGGUUGCCUUCAGCAGGCAUUAGCUUUAAAUUUUACAAAGUUCCUUUUGCCUAUAAGUGCAAGUGAAUAUUGUUCAAUUGUUUAUCGGAGCGAACGCAAAUUUGGUGUUGUGUGUUUCUUACUAAUUUCGUAAAAUAAAUCGAAGUGCGUCCAGAGUGGAGUAAAGCAGCAACGAUGGGACGCGAACGGAUCCGUCCAGCAAGGGUUCUGGCUACCCUGCUGAUGGUAGCAUUCAUUGCCGGUUCCGUGACCUGUUUCGACAAUCUCGAGGAAGAAAUUGCCCGGCUGACCGGACUGGCCGAAGAUCUCUCCGACUGGCAUGAGAUAGAGAUGCCAGAUUAUGUGGACGAGUCGGUGGCAAGCGGCUUGAUCGACAACAGCCACCAUUCACUGUGGACACACCUCAAAACGGCAGCUGAUCAUAUCGAUCCUCAUCGCUUUUUCAGCGACUCGGUGGCGGGCGCCUACGAACCUGCUCAGGAUAGUGCUACGAUCGGUGUGGCCGGCCUAGGCCACGUGCAGGAUCGCGAGUCGUUAGAAUCCGACGCCGAGACGAUCACGGACGAAUUGAGCCGGAAUCCGGAUGAUGUCGGAGCGGUGCACCGUCCCGGUUCUCCCUACCGCCCAUCGCCAUCGGGCGGCCAUCCCGAUGCGGAACCGCACGAUCCUCAACCGCCUCCGUUCGAUAGGACGCCACUGUUCCAGCAUCAUUUCAACACGUUCUUCAACACGCCACUCGAGACGGGCUUCUUCGGUGCCGGACUGCCCAGCUUCAACUUCUUCGACAUUCACGCCAACCAACCGUGGUGGAAGGGUGAAAAUGUCUGCACGGAGCGAGAGGAAAAAGAGGAGGACGUCAAUGCGAACGGAGGAGAGGUUGCGGUCAACGGAGACGGUGACGAUGAUGGCUAUUCGUUCCGUGGCUUUAGCAUGUUCAACAUGAACGUCGAAACCUGCACCAUGAAGCAGAACAAAUACGUCUGCACAUCCAUUAAAGACGUCAAUGGUCGCCGACGCACUGAGAAGGUCACCCGCCAGUGCUGCCACGGGUAUGGUCGAUCACGCCGUGCCUCACCGAAUGCUCACUGCGAGAAGCUGGACCUGCAUUCGAUGGAAGAAACGGCCGAGAAGCUUGGAGCGAAGGAGUUUAUCGCUACGCUGAAAAAGAGCGGCCUGGAGACGACACUGGACAACGCGGUGACCCUGUUCGUCGUGCCGGACGGUGCCUACAGUAGCUUCGCCGAGCAGAUGUGGGAAAAUAACCUAGUCGCCUUCGAUCCGAUGGCACGCUCCAAACGGGCAAUCGAUUUCGCCAGCAUGACGGCCCGGGACGUGAUACUGGCGCACACCGUCAACGGCUCGUACCACAUCGAGGACGUCAGCAACGAGCAGCUGCUGAAGACUGAUCUCCCAGGAGCAAACAUUCGUAUCAACAUCUACCCUCGUCGACCGACGGCCACAAAACGACAGCAGCAUUCCGACGAACUCCCGUACCGUUACACGGCCAACUGUGCGCCCCUGGUGACAGUCAACCGGCUUACCGAUCACGGCAUCGUGCACGUUGUCGAUCGGGUACUUGUGCCGGCUCGCAACACUCUGAUGGAUAUCGUUGAGGCACGCGACGACAUGACGCUGCUCCGUACGUUCCUGGAGAUGACCGGUCUGGACAAGCAGCUGCGUGAAAAGGAAGGCACCUUCACACUGUUCGCCCCCAACGAUGAUGCGUUCCUGAAGCUGGACAAAGACAUCCGCCGGAAGCUGAAGGCGGGCAAUGGCUGCGCGAUGAACAUCCUGAAGAAUCACAUUCUGGAUCUAACGUUCUGUUCGAUGGCGGCCGCGGACGGAGUAAAGACGUCCACCUCCAACAUGCUAAACGAGCGGCUCGAGUUCGAGUACGCUGCUGACAAUGCCGAUAGCAUGGAGCCAGUUACCGAGGGCCUUCCUGCCUCCGAAGGUACCGACAGUAACAAACCAGCCCAACGAAUUCGCAUCAAUGGACAGGCGACGAUCCAAGAGAGCGACGUUAUGGCGAGCAACGGUGUGCUGCACGUGAUCGAUACCGUCCUACCCACCGACAGCGGCAUGCCCAUCUCGACUACGCUGGCCAACCACAAUCUGACCAUCUUCAAGCAGCUGCUGGUCGAUGCCGGGCUGGAGGACGAAUUCGACGAUAUGAGCAACCGCACGUUCUUCAUUCCGUCGGACCAGGCGUUCGAGCAGACGGAUGCCGGUCGGUACUGGAUCCGCCAGCUGAAGGAACACCCGGAGAACUUGCGCAACAAUGCCGCCCUACGGGAGUUCCUCGAGUACCACGUGGUGGAACCGUUGAUCAAGACCUGCAGCUUGGAGGAGAAGAUGCUCCCGACAAAGGCAGCCAAGGAUGUGCGAGUCAAUCUGUAUACGACGAAUCCGGUGUUCUCGACGGUCAUGAACCGAGCCACAGUGAACUGUGCCCGAUUGGUUCAUUUCAAUGAGGAAACUUGCGGCUCAGUUGUACACCAAAUCGACCGAGUAUUGGACGUGCCGAAGAUGAACCUCAUGGAAGCGCUUGCUGCAAACCCCGACUACAGUAUGUUCCUGCGCAUGGUAAGUGCCACCAAUCUGACCGAGCUGCUCAGCUCGAGCGAAGCCGGUUUGACCGUGCUGGUGCCCAAAAACGACGUGUUCCUCGAGGUGAACGAGUGGUACCAGGACACGCUUAAGAACAAGGACGAACUGGAGCGCAUCAUCCGGGCGCACGUGCUCCCGAACGUAAUCUGCUGCACCGGCAUCGUGCCUUCGGAGUGGCCGUUCGUGCGCACCACCGAAACGGUCGAUGGUAAUCAGUUGCGCCUGAACCGCUCCCGCCGACCGGAGGUUGAAAAUGCCGGUAUUACCAAGUGUGACAUCGUGGCACAGAACGGCAUCAUUCACGAGAUUAACGAUGUGAUCAACGUUCAGGCUAAGCGUGGUACGGUUGCGGCCGGUGGUAGCAACACAUUCCCCAGCUUUGGCAGCCUUGCGCGACCGCUGAACUUCUGGUUCAAGUGAGGAGGAUCUGUUAGGAUCGUACGUCCUUCAUGAGGAACUGGCCUUCCCUAUCUCUUUGUCUCUCUACACUGUUCGCUCUACUCGUUUUCUCUGCUUCCGUGGAGUGAGGAGUCCUUUUCCUUGAGAUGAUGAAAGAAAUGUGCAGCUUUGAGUGAGCGCAGACUGAUUGGCUCGUUUAUUAUUUCAACGGACCUACCCGUCGUGGCAGAUUGAAAUACUUGAAUUGAUCCAUCUCGUGAAAAGAGUAAUAGUUUACCGAUAUGAUGGGUUAUAAUAUUAUAUUUAUAUACAACGAUCAAAUAAACAGCUGAUGAUGUUUAUAAAGUACCUUUCAGGUAAUUGAAUUCCUGUUUUAAUACAUCCUA